GGCAGAGGGAAGGGGGCCGAAGGUGUGGUAUGGAGAGAGGCUGGGGUUUGGCUCAGAUGCCUCCUGAGCUAUGGGCUGUGUGGGGAUUGGAUUGGUGGGCAAUGCUGCUGCUAGUGGAGUUCAUGUGAGCUGAGGGGAAGACUCUGAGUCACAGUGGGGUGACAUGCUGCUCAUAAAAACCUCUCAUGCUUUGCCUCCCCCACCUUCUGUCCCAGGUGCAGCUCCAGCCCCAGACAUGUCCUGCUACACCCCGUGCCUGCCCUGCCAGCCCUGCGGCCCGACCCCGCUGGCCAACAGCUGCAAUGAGCCCUGUGUCAGGCAGUGCCAGGACUCCACCGUGGCCAUCCAGCCCUCCCCCGUGGUGGUGACCCUGCCCGGGCCCAUCCUCAGCUCCUUCCCACAGAACACCGCCGUGGGAUCCUCCACCUCCGCUGCCGUUGGCAGCAUCCUCAGCUCUCAGGGAGUGCCCAUCAACUCCGGGGGCUUUGGCCUCUCUGGCCUGGGCAGUGGCCUCUGUGGCAGGAGCUGCUUCCCCUGCUAAAGCUGCUCCCUGCUCUGGGCUCUCCCCUUGGAUCCACCUCUCUUCCCUCCCUUGACUCAUUAAAUUCUGCUGCAUCCCAGCCCACGCCUCCGUGUCAUCCU